AUGACAGACCAAGAUAACUCGUACAGACCCCGAUCCCCAGACUUUUCUGGCUUUCCCGGGUCCCUCCAGCUUCCCCCAAGUCCCUACGGACAGACCCCUUACCCCCUUAACAGUCCUCUGGCCCACAGAGCCUCGUACGACGCGUCGCCUUUCUUCAACCCACAGGCGCCCCAGCCCCAGCCGCAAUUCCAACGGGCAGCCCAACAAUACAUCCCCCAACCCCUCGAUACAAACUACUCCCCGCAUAUCAUGCCCCCGCAAACUAGAUCGCGGGCCGCUGCGGAGCAACAACCCAUGGACUGGCAUGCAUUGCCUGAGUCCCCACCAGCACCAGAGAACCAUUCAAACAAUACGAGGAGGACCGCGCCUUCACAGUCUUCUGGAGGAAUCGAGGUCAGAACGAAGUUUCCAGUCGCGAGGAUCAAGCGUAUUAUGCAGGCCGACGAAGAUGUUGGCAAAGUUGCCCAAGUCACUCCAAUUGCCGUUUCCAAAGCGCUCGAGUUAUUCAUGAUUUCCCUCGUCACGAAAGCAGCGAAAGAAGCGAGGCACCGAUCUUCCAAGCGAGUGACCGCAGCCCAUCUCAAAGAAGCCAUUAGCAAGGACGAGGUUCUUGAUUUUCUUGCGGACAUUAUUUCCAAAGUCCCUGAUCACAGUUCUGGCGGAAAGAAGGAUGAUGAUGGGAGUGAUCAAAAUGACGGACGCAGGAAAAAAGCCGGGGGACGUCGAAAGAAAGAAGACCAGGAUGAUUUCUAGCAUGACAUUAAUUGUUCUUAACUCUACCCCUGCUACUAUGUACUCUCCGUAUUCUUCCUUUGUCUCCACUCGAAUCUUUUCCUUUCCUGUGCCUUUGGUGUAAGCAUUAUUAGGGAAACGGGGUGUUCAUUGGGUUUAGGGUAUUUUUCUCUUUGGUUAGCUGGAGCCAUAAGUUGUGAUCCUGUUUUUGUGGUUUGUAACAGAGUACGCGUCACUUUAUGUGUCCAGGUAUCUGGUGAUUAGCAUCCUCCUUGGGGAAUGAGCCAUGGGAGUAUAUUAUUAGUUUGUUUUGUAUGUUUUCCCUAUCAAUUUUUUUUUUCUUUUUUUUUUUUAAUAAAAUUUUUAUUG